ACCUGAUUUAAGUGUCGCAUGCAGACGAGUGUGAAUUUGUGUCUGCCGUGAAAGAUUUUCAUUUUAAUAAUUAAAGUGUUAAUUGUUUAAUAAAUCGCCCAAAAACUAUUAAAAAGUGUAGUUAAAAAGGUCUUAUUUCUACAGCAAAGUUUCUUGGAACAAGAAAAACUGAUCAAGAAAUUGGACUUUAAUUAUAAACAGAAAAAAUAAACAUUUCAAUACAAAAAAAAAAUUAUAUUUCAUACAAUAAAAAAAAUAUUCUUGAAAUAAAAAAAAAACAAAAAUAAUCAAAAAAGUGCAUAAAAUUACUAAAUUUUAAACUGCAGAAAAUAUUUUGAAAAAUAGUGUUUUUUUAAAGUGAAAAUACUUAAAUUUCAAACUAUAACAAAACAAAAAUUCUAAAUAUUUUAAAAUUUUUAAUCCCAAAAAACAAAAAAACGUGUAUAACUGAUUAUAAAUAAACAAAUUAAACGUGUUGCGCCGGGGGCAUGUUUAGUGGGAUUGAAUGUGCGGUUAAGUGUCGUCUAUGGCCGAGUCCGUUAAUUGUCAAUCGCUCUCUGCAGUGACGGAGGGGCACGACGGCAGCAUAUUACAAACAUUUGCAACAAAUACUACGACAGGAGUAAAUACUACAACUAAAAAUACGGCCAAACAUAGACGUGGUGGUCGGCAACAACAACAACUACAUCAUCAACAACAACAGAAACAACAGCAACAAACUCAUAAUAACAAUAAUAUUAGCAAAAACUUAACCGUUACUCAAACCACAACCGAUAAACGUUCACGCAGCAAGUCACGCUCUUCAGCACAUCAAGAACACCACCAACAACAACAAACACCUUUUAAUAAUAACAGCAGUAAACGUACUUCAUCACGUAAUUCGACUUUUAACGCUUCAACAUCAUCAUCGUCAGCAGUUAUAUCACCUGCAUCCCCAAUAACUCCACCGCCCUCUACACGUAGUGAUCGUAAACGUCAUUUCGUUGAAAAGUCAGCAAUAACAACAGCAACAACAACAUCUGCAAAUUAUUCCUCAUCAUCUAUCGGUGAUCAUCCUACAGAUUUAACAUCACCUCUAAAGAAACGUCGUUAUCAUAAUCACAACUUACAGGAUAUUGACUCAACACCUUUAUCGACUACAAGCGGUAAUAGUAGCAGUAGUAGUAAAUACAAUACACCUAAAGAACAAGAAGGUGAUUGUGUAGCACGAAGAACUCGCUCUAAAACCGUAUCACCCGAAGAACCCAGCACAAGUAGUGGUGGAGGUGGUAUAUAUAGCAGCAGUGCAUACAAUCAAAGGCGGGGAAGUUAUACAAAGACAGCAGCAACACAACAGCAACAAUAUCAAAAAUUGUGUUUUGAAACGACACCACAACGCAGUACUGCGACAACAGUAACAAAUAACUGCGCAGGCAGCAGCAGCAGUAGUACAAAUACAAAUAACAAGAAUAAAGGUAAUUUAUUAAAUUAUUAUCGUAAAACACGUAAAAUCAGUCAUAGUCGUUCUUCGUCUACAACGACAACAACAGCAGCAACUUCAAGCGCAGCAACUACAACAAACUCAAAUAAUACAACAAAGAGAGCGGCUGCAUUGAAUAUUUCAAUCUCUUCAAUUAGCGACGAAAGUUCGGAUACGAGUAGUAGCGAAACUCAACAACAAAAGCACCAGCUAAAACAAACAAAAACAAACGCCUUAACGUCUGAAGAAAAAUAUAAAUUUAAAUCGUCCACUGGAUCGUCAAGACACAAGAAACGGAAUUAUAGAAAUCAAAAUAAUAAAAUAAAUAAGAAAAAAUCAUCGUCAACAAAUACAGCGUCGUCAGCAACAACACCAUCAUCACAACAACAACUAUUGUCAGCGCGUAGUAAUCAGAAAAUUGAAUGUAGUAGUAAUAACGUCGUUGCCGAUAAGAAACAACAACAACAACAGCAGCAGCAACAGCAAAAUAAAAAUUUCUUAUCAAUUGUGGGAAAUAAAACGAAAUUAAAUACAAAAUCAACACAGAAUACUACUGCGUCUUCAACAACAACCUCAGCUACACUUGCCACAGAAAGUGCUACAACCUCUUCAAAUACAAAUACAUUUGGCUCCAAUCACGAUCAGCAGGAACAAUCGCAAUCACCACCAACUCUACAUUUAGAUAAAAUUUCCAAAUAUCGUAAAAGUCUACGAACUUAUCAGAACUUUUUGAAUAAUUUAACAGACGAAUUAAAUACAGCAACAACACAAAACCAACAACAAACAAACGAAACGAACGCAGUCGUUGGUGAUAAUAUCCACCAGCAGCAAGCCAAUUCUAGCAAAAACUCUUCGAACAGCAACACUAAUAAUACAGAGCCACAACGCAGUAGCUCCUCAUCGUAUCAUUGUAAUAUCGAUAAAGAACUAUUUGCUGUUCUGAGUGCUAGUAUCGAAUCCGAAGAGGACGAGGAGGCGGACGACAAUAAUACAGCCGAAGAGGAGGAAGUUGUUCAAGAAGAAGAACAGGCCGAAGAGGAAGAGGACGAAGAGAACAACGACGACGACGAGAAUAUUGCCGACGACGACGUUGACAAUAACGACGACGUCGAGGAAGAAGAAGUCGUUGACGAAGACGAGGAAAUUGAACUACUCGACGAAGACGACGACGAAGAGGAGGACGACGACGAUAUUGGAGACGAAGAGGAGGAUAUUGACGACGAAGAAAUUGAAGAAGAGGAAGAAGAUCUAGACGACGAUAUACACGAUUCAGUACUUGCUAUUCGAGCAUCGUUAUCCGUUGCUAACGCCUUGGGCAGCACAACGUCUUCAAAUACCAAUAACUCCGCUACAGCAACCGGUGCGAACGUCAAUCCGGCAGCGGCUGCGAAUAGCGGAGCAGGAGGUCCCAAUAACACCGCUACAACGACGUCUUCAAAUAACACGAAUAGUAACUCACAUGGUGAUUCGGAAAGUGAUGACAGCGAGGUGGGACGUUUGCAAGCGUUGCUUGAAGCCCGAGGUUUACCGCCUCAUCUUUUCGGCGCCCUGGGACCACGUAUGACUCACAUACUCCAUCGUACUAUAGGCAAUAGUUCAACAUCAAAGGCCCAACAAUUGUUGCAGGGCCUACAGUCACACGAUGAGAGUCAACAGCUACAGGCGGCCAUUGAAAUGUGCCAAAUGUUGGUUAUGGGCAAUGAGGAUACCUUAGCCGGUUUCCCCAUUAAACAGGUGGUGCCAGCCUUAAUCACCCUAUUGCGUAUGGAACACAAUUUCGAUAUUAUGAAUAAUGCCUGUCGUGCUUUGGCCUAUAUGCUGGAGGCAUUGCCACGUUCAUCGGGUACGGUGGUGGAUGCUGUGCCAGUGUUUUUGGAAAAACUACAAGUUAUCCAGUGUAUGGAUGUGGCCGAGCAGAGUUUAACCGCUUUGGAAAUAUUGUCCAGACGUCAUAAUAAAGCCAUAUUACAGGCUAAUGGUGUAUCGGCUUGUUUAACCUAUUUGGAUUUCUUCUCCAUUAAUGCACAACGCGCAGCUUUAGCUAUAACAGCCAAUUGUUGUUUGAAUCUACACAAUGAAGAAUUCCAUUUUGUUUCGGAAAGUUUGCCGUUGCUAGCGCGUCUAUUGGCCCAACAGGAUAAGAAAUGUGUAGAGAGUGUUUGCUCGGCCUUCUGUCGUUUGGUGGAGAGUUUCCAACAUGAUCCCAAACGUUUGCAGGAAAUAGCUAGCAAGGAAUUGCUAAAGAACUGCCAACAGUUAUUGGUGGUUACACCAGCCUUAUUAAAUUCUGGCACCUUUACCGCUGUAGUGCGCAUGCUGAGUUUAAUGUGUGCCAACUGCCCUGAUUUGGCCAUUUCUUUAUUGAAAAGUGAUAUUGCCUCGACUUUAUUGUAUUUAUUAACUGGAAAUGCUGAUCCUCUACCUAAAUCAGCUUCCACCCACGUGGAGCUUAUAUCGCGAUCUCCUUCGGAAUUAUAUGAAAUUACUUGUUUGAUAGGUGAACUUAUGCCACGUUUGCCCACAGAUGGUAUAUUUGUGGUGGAUGCUUUACUCGAUCGUCCCACUAUAAAUACCCAAGAUCAAGUGCAAUGGCAAUGGCGUGAUGAUAGAGGAACUUGGCACAACUAUUCCACCAUAGAUUCGCGUAUGAUUGAGGCGGCUCAUGUGAAUUCGGAAGAUGAAUUCAGUUUAAGUACUUUAGGUAGAACGUAUACAGUGGAUUUCCACUCUAUGCAGCAGAUUAAUGAAGAUACUGGCACCAAUAGACCCGUACAGAGGAAAAUAAAUCCCAACUAUCGACCUACAGCAAACACUAAUGCGGCAACGGGUCAGGAUUUGUCAGCUUCAGCAGUGGCUUCAGCUAUUACGGCCUUAAGCACCACGGUAACGGCCACAGCUACUGGCGGCUCUACACCCUCGGGUUCACAAAAACGCCGGGCUUCGGUAGAUGCCCGCAUUGCUUGUCUGAAAGAGGAACGUGGUUUGGCUGCUGAAUUUAUUAAAAAUCUUUUCAAUGUCUUAUAUGAGGUCUACAGUUCUUCGGCAGGACCUAAUGUACGUUACAAAUGCUUAAGAGCCCUACUACGCAUGGUUUACUAUGCCUCCUCGGAAUUGUUAAGUGAUGUUUUGAAAUACCAAUUGGUCUCCAGUCACAUUGCCGGCAUGCUGGGUAGCAAUGAUUUGCGUAUAGUGGUGGGUGCUCUGCAAAUGGCUGAAAUUCUUAUGCAAAAGUUGCCCGAAAUAUUUGGCACCCACUUCAGACGCGAGGGUGUUAUCUAUCAAAUCACCCAACUGACCGAUCCCAAUCAUCCAAUAUGUGCUAAUCCUUCGCCCAAACCGUUGGCCACGAACAUGUCUGCCAGUGGUUCACAAAGUGCACCAGCUUCGGCUUCAAGUUUACAGGUUAAUCCAUUCUUUAUGGAUAAUGUACCACCACAACCGGGCAGUACCUCAGCUUCGGGUACUCCAAAUACCUCAAAGCCACAUCACCAACAUCCCUAUACCAUGAAGACAUUCUCACAUGCCAUGAAUGCUCUGACAGCGGCAGCAGCACAACAGGGCACCUCGCCCUCCGGUUCAUCCAGUAAUUCACAAAAAUUACCCACAUCAAUGGCCAUGAAUAUUAAUACCUCAGGCGGAUCGUCAGCGGCACAAAAUCCCAACAAUGAGAUGCCACAAUAUCACUACAGUUCAUCGGCACCAGCCCACACCCACAUGGGAAAUCCACAACAGCAGCAACAAAACUUCUUUGUGUACACUACAUCACCGCAGCAACAACAACAACCACCCUUGCCACCGCCUGGUACAGAGUAUGUAGCCUACAAUCAGUUACCACCACCACCACCGCCCUCAACACAUUACGCAACUGCAUCUGGAGCACAACAACAGCAGUAUCAUUCAAUGCCUUCUUCGUCAGCGUCCGCACAAGGACAACAAAACGUUAACACAACGCCCGGCACUUCUUCGACUAGUGGAGGCGCUUCAUCCUCGUCGUCAUCAGCACUACAAAAUAAAAUGAGUGAUAUGCUUAAACGUAAGGUCCCACCGAAAAGAAAAUCACAAUCUACCACCCGUUCGAAAUCUCGACAAGAAGAUCAAACCUCCUCGUCCACUUCAACGUCCAAUGCACAGGCUGCUUCAUCAUCGUCCACAGUGCAUGAGUUGCUUAGCAGAGCUACUAGUUUGGGAGGAGGAUCAACUGGUUCGGGUUCGGCAGGUCGCAGUACACCUAGUACUUCUUCAAAGGUACGUUUUAGUGGUGGCCAUCACAGUUCUUCGUCCGGACAACAGUCUUCGAAGACUUCGUCGUUUUUGGCCUCCCUCAAUCCGGCUAGAUGGGGACGUCAAGGAUCUCAUCAUAGUUCGUCUUCAGCAGCCAGUAACUCAGGUUUUACCAAAGAUUCUACCAGCAGCAGUAGUACAACAUCAUCACAUCAUAAUCACAGCCAUCCAAAUAGUAGCGCCGGUUCCAGUGCAGGUCACUCUAUGGCCGGUUGUUCCUCAUUGGCUGCACAAAAUAUCAGCAAAAGUAUAUCACAAGCUAAUCUUAUAGCAGCUGGUAAUCGUGAAAAAGCCCGCCAAUGGAUACGCGAACAAGCCAUUUCGUUUAUCAAGCGCUAUGCUGCACAAGACACCAAGCCGGGUGCUACGGCUGACGGUUCAGCCUCGACAAAUGUCCUGCAGCGUCUGACGACAGUUAUAAGCAAAUUGAAUGGUAGUUUUUCAGAUGUCUUGGAGGCUUUACUUGAAUUGAAGGCCAUUCUGUUGGAAAGUGACAUUUCACCGUUUGAAGUUAAUCAUUCGGGUCUUAUUAAAGCCAUGCUUAACUUUAUGACCGCCGAAGAGGGCAUAGUGGAACGUGAUGCCAGAUUAAGAGCAUUUAUGCAUGUAUUUGCCGGUUUACCGCUAGAACCCAUGGUUAAGGUGGGCAUUUUACCCAACAUAGAUGCUUCGGCCUUUGGCGCCUUUGUAUCGAAAUUAAAUGCCUGUGUUACACAACUGGAACAAUUCCCGGUUAAAGUACAUGACUUCCCCGCUGGACCCGGUGGAGGUCGUUCGAAUACAAGUGCUUUGAAAUUCUUUAAUACCCAUCAACUAAAGUGUAAUUUACAACGUCAUCCGGAUUGCAAUAAUUUACGCCAAUGGAAAGGUGGCACCGUUAAAAUCGAUCCCUUAGCUAUGGUACAGGCCAUUGAACGUUAUUUGGUGGUGCGUGGCUUUGGUGGCAUACGUGGCGACUCCGAUGAUGAUUCCGAAGAAGAUAUGGAUGAUAAUGUGGCCGCUGUGGUUAUGUCACAAAGUGGCUUUAAGCACAAGUUACAAUUUCUAAUAGGAGAACAUGUCUUACCCUACAACAUGACCGUUUAUCAAGCGGUGAAGCAAUUCUCGCCUUUGGUCAAUGAUCAAUCGGAAACAGACACUGAUACUGAGACACCAUUAGGCAAUGCCAGCAUAUGGGUACAACAACACACCAUCUAUUAUCGUCCGGUAGAAGAAGAACCCGUGGCUGCCACCUCUAGCAGUAGUAUCAAUAAUAAAUCAAAUAUACCAGGAGCUGGUACUUCAUCCUCUAUACACAAUGGUGCUAUGGCUGCUUCGAGUUCUACCACUGGUGGUCCCUCCACCUCUGUGGGAAAGAAAUCAAAUAAAUCCUCUUCAAAAUUGUUGCGCAAGAAAACGGAAUUAUGGCACGAAGGUAUUGCACCCGCUGUGGUGUCUGCUUUAAAACCAUUCCUCACUAAUACACUGCCCGCCGAUGUGGUUACUAGCGUACAAGAUGCUUCACUCGAUGCCCUCUGUAUGUUGCGCAUAAUCAAUGCUUUGAAUCGUCACUGGGAGCAUUUGUACGGUUGUGUACACCGUCAAUCGAUUAUCCCACAGUCUGAAUUUAUUCAUCCGAAAAUAACGGCUAAAGCCAAUCGUCAACUACAAGAUCCUUUGGUUAUAAUGACCGGUAAUCUGCCACAAUGGUUGCCACAAAUUGGUAUGGCCUGUCCCUUCUUGUUUCCUUUCGAGACCAGACAUUUGCUCUUCUAUGCCACUAGCUUCGAUAGAGAUCGUGCUUUACAGCGUCUUUUGGAUACAACACCUGAUCUAAAUUCCGCCGAAUCAUCGGAAAGAGUGGCUCCACGCUUAGAUCGCCGCAAGCGGGCCAUUUCGCGUCAGGAGAUUUUGAAACAAGCUGAACAUCUUAUACAAGAUUUUGGUCACUCCAAGGCUUUGUUGGAGAUACAAUAUGAAAAUGAGGUGGGCACUGGUUUGGGUCCAACUUUAGAAUUCUACGCUUUAGUUUCAGCUGAAUUACAACGCAGCGAUUUGGGUCUUUGGAAUGGUAGCGAUAGUUACAAACAAAACUCUGCCAAUAUAGUAGAUGUGGUCAAAUCUACUAGUGCCACUUUACAUAUAGACGAAUCCCAAGAUACCAAUUCACAAUCGGGCGAUACUAAUAUCACCACAACAACCAAUACUACAGCAAGUCCAAAUACCGCCUCAACACGUAACGCUAGUCGUAAUAAUCGUGAGAGUUUAGGAGUAGCAACACGCAGCAGUUUGGUAGCCACAAAUAAUUCUAUUAAUAAUCAACAGCAACAACAUUCACCUCAAGCUGGUGAAGAUGCCUUAGACAUGCUAAUCGAACAGCAGGGUGAUUUAAUAGAUCAACAUACGGGUGGAGAUCCUUCCAUGCCUUUGCUGGAUAAUCCUAUAGCAGUGACUACCGCCACCACACCUGUCUUACAGGUUAAUAACACUCCUCACCAAGCAAAUGUGACAUAUGUGAAUGCGGCUCAUGGUCUAUUCCCCUUGCCAUUGGGUAAAUCUUCAAAAUUGCCACAUGUCUCGAAAGUUAAAUCGAAAUUUAAGUUUUUGGGCAAAUUUAUGGCCAAGGCCGUUAUGGAUAGUAGAAUGCUGGAUUUACCAUUUUCUAUACCCUUCUAUCGUUGGAUUUUAAAUGAAGAACAUUCAGUGGGUUUAGCCGAUCUAUCACGUGUUGCACCCGAAGUGCAAAGCACUUUGGUGCGUUUACAGGAUGUGGUACAUCAACGUGAAAUGAUUUUAGCCGAUACCAGUUUAGAUGCUAUGGAAAAGACUGAAAAGAUUGAAUCCUUGGAUCUGGAUGGUUGUCCCAUAGCCGAUUUAGGUUUAGAUUUUAUUUUACCCGGUCAUGCCAAUAUUGAAUUGUGUCGUGGCGGUCGUGAUACUCCAGUAACUGUACAUAAUUUACAUCAAUAUAUUAGUUUAGUUACAUAUUGGUUCCUUGUUGAAGGUGUACAAAAACAAUUUGAAGCUCUUAAAGAAGGUUUUGAUUCAGUUUUUCCUACACAUCGUUUACGCAUGUUCUACCCCGAAGAAUUGGAGAAUGUAUUCUGUGGCAGUGUCAACGGUACCUAUCAACGUUGGGACGUUAAAAUGCUUCAGGAUAGCUGUCGUACCGAUCACGGUUUCAAUCAAGAUUCUCAAGCCAUACAAUUCCUUUACGAAAUACUUUCAACGUAUACACGCGAGGAACAACGUCUAUUUUUGCAAUUUGUUACGGGUUCACCACGUCUACCCACUGGCGGUUUUAAGUCACUAACACCACCACUAACUAUAGUACGUAAGACAUUAGAUGCCAAUCAAAAUCCCAACGAUUAUUUACCCUCGGUUAUGACAUGUGUUAACUAUUUGAAAUUACCCGACUAUUCGAGUCGUGAGGUGAUGAGACAAAAACUUAAAAUGGCCGCCAAUGAGGGUAGUAUGUCGUUCCAUUUGUCUUAAAUUUCGAAAAUAAGAAGUGAAAAAAGCAAUAUGCGCACAUAGAAGAAAGAAAGAAAGAGUAUUGUUUAAAGACAUGCAAAUAAACUAAUUAACAAACAAAUGUAUUUGUUCUGCUGUAGAGUUUAAAGAAAAAAAGGUAGUUUAGUUAUUUGGAAAAACAUAUACGAAAAAAAAUAUAAUAACAAAUAAUGGUGAUAAUUUAUAUGAUUUAAAUAAUUAUUUUUUUAAUUUUUAUUUUCUAAUUGUAUUAUUUGUAAGAAAUGGUGAUGUUGCUGUUAGAGCAAAUUUAUAUAAAAGAAAAAAAAAAAACAAAUCAUUAAAACAAACUGCUAAACAAAAAAACAAGAAAUAUUCAAACAAAAGAAAAUAUAUAAAUAAAUAUUAAUAUAAAAUCUAAUUUAAAUGAAAUUCAUAAUUAAUUAAAUUUCUCCUCUUUCCCCCCACACACACUCACAUAAUUAAUAAAUAAACUUAAACUUGAAAUAAAAUUGAAUAAAAAACAUUUAAUUAAUAUAGAAUUAAUAAAAACCAGAAACGUAAACAAAUUUUAUGCAUAAAACCUAAAAUUAAUUUAGAACUUUGAACUGGAAUAAUAAGUUUUCGUUUAAAUGACUUAUUUUUUUAUAUAUAUAAAACGCUUGUUUUUCAAACUUCAAGCAUUCUCUGUAAAGGUAUAAAAAUACAACUGAAAAACCUUAAAUAUUCUCUUAAAAAUAUAUUUUAUGGUCUUUAUGUAAUAAAUAUAAAAUUUAAAAAAAAAAAUAUAUUGCAAAUCAACUACAAACAAACACCCUUUGUAUAAGACUAAAAACUAAUUUAAAUAUUAUUUAAACAAAAGGGUAAUUAAUUAAAUAAUUAAUAUGUUUCAAUUAUAUUUCUUUAAUUUUUGUGUAAUUUUUUUAAAUAAAUUUUUAUAGUUGAAUUUCGUUUGUUAUACGCUGUUCUUACGUUUAAUAUAUUUUCUUAAAAUAUUAUUUUUUUGUAAUAUUUUUUUUUUGUAUUUCUUUAAUCUUUUAAAAAAAUUGUGAAUUAAAAAUAAUUUGAAUUAUUUCUUUGAAAAAAAAAAAUA